AUGCCGUUCACCAGCGGCCCCUCUGUCGGCCGGCUCCGUUUCCCCUUGGUCGGCAUCUUCCACCCUGCGUGCCUGCAUCGCCAGAAGGUCCAGACAUGCAAUUUGUUCCAUUUGGCACCGAUUCCCAUCUUGAACCUCUGCAUACGAUGUACGAUUGUACCUUAUCCAACGAGUCGAAUGCACUCAGAGAUGCUAUGCGACUCUGUAUACAACGCUCAAUCCACGCUCCGCAACCAAGUCUACCUUACCUCGAUGACAGACAGGCAUCCCAGCCCUCCGUCACCGAGAAUGAUUCAUCAACACUCCGGCGCUGACAAACCCCCUCCACCAACCUCUGUCAUCUAUCCCCAGCCGUUCACACAACUCUUUUACCCCGAUCCCCGGCAAAUCCUUCCAAGAUUAUAUUGCUUACCCCAGAGGAUGCGGGCUGAGGAACGGGGAGAGUUGCUUAUUGCAGGCCCCCCGCGGCUCCAUCUUUGUCUAUCUCAACUGCCGUCAAACCUAAAUCCUCCGCCCUCGAACCCCUCCCUUCUCCGCAGGAACAUGGAGCAGCGUGGCAUUUCGGCUGCGUUCCAGCUAUACCGGCUGAGACAAGUUUUUGCUGGCAUAUCUGCCUCUUCAGAACUCUCCGCAGCCAUGGGAUACCUGCUUGAUUCGACAGCGGAUAACAUGAAGUUCUACAACGUCAUCAACGGCGAGCGCCGUGGGAGCGAUAACCACCACCAAUGCACAGAUCCCCGCACCGAGGAACCGCUCUGGGAUGCUCCCCUUGCCACGACGCAGGAUCUCGAGGAAGCCGUUGCAGCCGCUCAGAAGGCCCUCAAGACUUGGUCCAAGACUACGAUCGAAGAGAGAUCCAACCUCUUGCGCAAGAUUGUGGAGGUUUAUACCAUCCACAAGGAUGAGCUGAAAGAAAUCGUCAUGAAAGAGACGGGGAAAUCGAGUCUCAUGGCCGACAUCGAAAUCACAAAUACUUGCAAUCAAACCUCGUACUAUUCAAAUGUUCACCUCGAAGAUGAAGUCACUUUCGAGGACGACAACAUCAAGAUCGUCGCCACUCACCAACCACUGGGUAUCGUGGGGGCUAUCUGUCCUUGGAACUUCCCUCUCAUCUUGUCAAACAUCAAAGUGGCAUCCUCGCUCAUCACCGGCAACUGCAUCAUCGUCAAACCCUCGCCCUUCACUCCGUAUUCUGUCAUGAAAUCCAUCGAGCUGCUCAUCGACGUCUUUCCUCCCGGUGUCGUACAGGUAGUCAACGGCGGCGUCGACUUGGGUAUCGCAAUGACCUUGCAUCCAGGCAUCGCCAAGAUCAGCUUCACCGGGACAAUUGCCACAGGAAAGAGCGUCAUGGCGAGCUGCGCAAAGACGCUCAAGCGCUUGACCUUGGAGCUAGCGGGCAACGACGCGGCGAUCGUGACUGACGACAUUGACAUUGCAAAGGUGGCAGGACAGGUCGCGCAAGGAUGCUUCUUCAACGCCGGGCAGAUGUGCGUCGCAACGAAGCGAGUUUACGUCCACGAUUCGGUGUAUGAAAAAUUCCUGGAUGCCUUCAAGAGCGCAGUUGCCGAGAAAUACGUCAUCACCAAGGAUGCCCACGCACCCAGUUUGUUCGGCCCCGUCUCGAACAAGAUGCAGUAUAAUGUUGUCAAGGAUAUUUAUGACCACUACAAGAAGAAUGGCUUCAAUAUGAUUGCUGCGGACCAUCCCGAAGACUCCAAAGGCUUCUGGAUACCCCCGACCAUUGUCACAAAGCCUCCUGAUGACUCUAUCUUGGUCAAGGAAGAACAAUUUGGCCCGAUAGUACCCAUCUUAUCUUGGACAGAGGAAGACGAGUUGUUCCAGCGAGUCAACCUGGCCAACGCUGGUCUCGGGUCGUCUGUCUACUGCCGCGAUCUAGGCCGUGCCGAGAGCCUCGCCCGGAGGGUGGAGGCGGGAACAGUCGCUAUCAACCUCCCCGAGAUACCGCACCACGGAGGUUACUUCUCCGGCAUGAAGGACAGCGGCCAUGGGGGCGAGAUGGGCAAACACGGCCUUCAUUCAUACUGUUACACGCAGAGUCUGCAAUUCGGCAAGAGUUGA